AGAACCUUCCACUUGGAACCUCCACAAAGCUUCUUCCCCCACUCUCUCUCCCUCUCUGUCUAUUACACACACACACACAAAAACAGAAACAAACACAAUGCUGAUAUAACUCAUCAGAUCAGCGUUUAAGUUUGAGAGAGAAGGUACGUACACACGUAAGAGAUAUUUGAAGAUGCUGAAGAAGCUGUGGGACGACGUUGUGGCCGGUCCUCAACCUGAGCGUGGACUUGGGAGGCUGAGGAAGCUCAACACCAAAGAUGGUGAAGGAGAAGGAAGCAUGAUGACGUCGCCGACAUCACAGGCAUCGACGCCGAAAACACCGUCAACGCCGACGUCGGCGAGGAAAGAGGACAACGUGUGGAGGAGCGUGUUCAAUCCGGGGAGUAACUCUGCCACCAAGAGCAUUGGUGCUGAGAUGUUUGACAAGCCUCUCCCAAAUUCUCCCACUGUUUAUGAUUGGCUCUACAGCGGAGACACCAGGAGCAAGCAUCGCUAACUUGACGGAGGGUCUAAUGCAGAUGCUGUCUUUUCUCCUUGAAUGUCUGCCACGUGUACUCCAUUUGACGCGUCCGACUUUGAUUCUGGUCCGUGUCGUUUACUGAGUGUCGUUUUUAUAUUUUUGCCUGUGCUUUUGCUCCAGCAGAUUAACCGGUAAUCUGCGUGUUCAAUAUUUCUGUAAGAGGAACGCUCCGUUCCUAUCACUUUUUGGAUCUCUCAUUUCUGCAUCUCAUUCUCAAGGUA